GGAUAAUCAACAUCUAUCGAAAGCCAAAUCAACAAGCAUCACCCAACUUUAAUUAAAGAUCAAAAUGUCGAGCUACGAAUCUGUACUAUCAUCACUCUUGCCUCCAUCUCAACCACACAUAUUCAGUUCUCUACCUAUUUCUCCUCACAAGGCACUCAUACCAUCACAACAGAUAUCGUCCCUCGAAAUUCACCCCGUUCUCGAAUCCGCUCUUCACAUCCUGAAUCUGGAUUUACCAUCAGCGCAUUUCUUGCUGCGUCACAUGCAAGCCGAUCCCGUGUUCGAAGCCAUGUAUCUUCACGGCAUCCUCCAUCGUGUGGAAGGUGAUAUUGAUAAUGCUAGAGCAUGGUAUUCAGACGUCAAGGAUCAAGAUGUGUUCAGAGCUGCUUGGCCAGGGAAAAACGGAUUGGAUGAUGCUGUGAAGUUCUUGGGGAGAAUUGAAGAGAGGAAAGUUAACAGAGGGAAGAGGGAUGAGAUGGAGGAUGAGGAAUUAAGUGCGGAGAGUUUGAGGGAAAUGAAGGCUGUUAUUGGAUUUUGUGAAGGGAAAUUUGGGACGGAGAAAUUGUCGGAUGCGAGUCAGGUGUGGGUCAGCAUGAGUGAAAAAAAUAGCACCGAACUUAUCAUGUAUAACUGGCGAGAGACUCAGCACUUUCCAGUCCCAGAUUUCGAUAUUGAGAAGAACUGCAAGAACUCUGACGCUUUACUGGACUACCAGGAGACGCAUAAAGUCUCAAGUACUUACGGUUUGAGGGAUAAGAUGGUGAAGCCAGACGAUCCGAUAACUCUACCUCUGCCUCCGCAUCUGAAAGCUUUUCUUGAGGCGCAUGACUAA